CAUGCCCGGCUCUCCUCUGGAGUUUAGGGUGGGAGAGUUAGCCGUUAGCACUGUGAGCUAACAGCCGGAGUGUGUAAUGGCGGCCUCGGUGUUGCUGGGGUCUGCGGACAACACCGGACUCAACUUCACGGUCGGAGGCGGCAGCAGCGGCGGCGCCGGGAAUGUUUUAGUUGGGAAUAAUAACGGACUGGGGCCGGCGGGUCCGGCGCCCUGGAACCGUUCUCUGGACCGCGCGUUGGACGAAGCCUCGGCCACCGGGUGCCUGAACCUCAGCGGCAGGAAGCUGAAGGAGUUUCCCCGGAGCGCCGCCAACCACGACCUGACGGACACCACCAGGGCCGACCUGUCUCGUAACCGUCUGUCGGAGCUUCCUCUGGAGGUUUGUCUCUUUGUGUCUCUGGAGAGCCUGAACCUUUAUCAGAACUGUCUCAGGUCUCUGCCAGACAGUCUGCUCAACCUGCAGGCCCUCACCUACCUGAACCUCAGUCGGAACCAGUUGUCUGUCCUCCCUGUAGUUGUCUGCAGUCUCCCUCUGAAGGUUUUGAUCGCCUGCAACAACAAACUGGUGUCUCUGCCAGAAGAACUGGGACAGCUGAGACACCUCACUGAGCUGGACGUGAGCUGUAAUGAGAUCCAGACUCUGCCGUCUCAGGUGGGUCAGCUGGAGGCUCUACGAGACCUGAACAUCAGGAGGAACCACCUGGUCAGACUGCCUCCAGAGCUGGCCGAGCUCCCUCUGGUCCGUCUGGACUUCUCCUGUAACAAGGUGACGUCCAUCCCUGUCUGUUACCGACAGCUCACACAGCUGCAGACCAUCGUCCUCGACAACAACCCUCUGCAGACCCCACCGGCACAGAUCUGUAUUAAAGGGAAGAUCCACAUAUUUAAGUACCUGAACCUGGAGGCCAGUAAGACGACACCGGAGCUCCCCGACUACGACAGACGACCCUUGACCUUCAGCUCCUGUGUUGAUGAGCUGUACCCUGGGCGUCCAUACGGAGCACUGGACUCUGGCUUCAACAGUGUCGACAGCGGAGACAAGAGGUGGUCAGGGAACGAGCCCACAGAGGAGCUGUCAGAGCUGCCACAGAGAGUGGCUGAGAUCAGCAGAGACCAGAGACAGAGAGGAGGAGGAGGAGGGGCUCUGCUGGCUAACGGCACACAUGUAGAAUCGGAGCAAAUAGACUUCAUCGACAGCUGUGCAGGGGAAGAGGAAGAGGAGGAAGGGAGGAGAAGUCGAGGAGGAGCAACAGCAGCAGCAGCAGCAGCAGGAGGAGGAGGAGGAGAUGGUACCAGCCUGAGCUCUCAGUUCAUGGCCUACAUCGAGAGACGCAUCACUAGAGAGGGUUCUCCAGGAAAAAACAACUCAACCAGGACAGAAGACACAAGGAGACACACACACAGGAGUGUGGUGGAUGGUGUUACAGCGCCCUCUAGCUCCCACAGCCAGAGAGGUGUAGCUGGUGCAGGCGGAGUGGAGAGGAUGAGGAGGGAGGCUCAGCUCGCUGCUCUGAGGUACGACGAGGAGAGACAGAAGAAUCGAUCUCUGCAGAGAGACACCAGCUACACAAAGCAUAAAGCAGCUCAGAGUCCAACAAAGUCCAGUCCAGACAGUGAGAACGUCUACCCCUCCAGACGCUCCACCCACACUGAUGACUCCGCCCUCUUUAUGGGGGAGGACAGAGCUGCUCUGUCUCCUACAGCCAAUCAGACGCCUUCCUACCCCAGCUCAGGGGGCGUGGCCUCCUGUCGGACAGCCAGCCUGAGACCAGAGAGCUUUCUCUUUCGUCUCGGUCAGAAGGAAGAGAAGAGGAAAGGUGAUGCUGCUGCUCCUCAGAGCCAGGAUGAGGCUCCUGCUGCUCCUCCUCUGGUUGGAGAAGAUGCUGAGCUGGUGGAGCAGCUCCGAAAGAACAUUGAGGCUCGUCUGAAGGUGUCUCUGCCCAGUGACCUGGGAGCCGCCCUGACAGACGGGGUGGUGCUCUGUCACCUCGCAAAUCACGUGAGACCACGAUCCGUCCCCAGCAUCCACGUCCCCUCCCCUGCUGUGCCUAAACUCACCAUGGCCAAAUGUCGACGGAACGUUGAGAACUUCCUGGAGGCGUGUCGCAGGAUCGGAGUCCCACAGAGUCAAUUGUGUCUUCCUCUGCACAUCCUGGAGGAGCGAGGGCUCCCCCAGGUGGCCGGGACCGUCGGCGCCCUGCUUGACCUGGCCCCGCCCAGACACCCCAUCACCACAACGACAACCACCCCUGGACCCUCCGUCAACAUCUAGUCAACACGACCACGCCGCACGCGCUCAGUCUGCCUCCUGCGUCAGUCUGACAGACGACCUGUAGACAAAACCUGAAACAGUUUGGAUCUGAAGGAGACGAAGUCUGAGGAUGAAACGGUUUCAGCAGGUUUCAGCUCAAACUCACAACAAACUAAAGCAACAGUUAACCGAAGGCCUCUUGAGUUCAGGAUGAGUCCACUGACUCAGGACCAUCAUAGAUCUCAUAGUUUGGUCUGACUCCGAUUUUAUGGCUCCAGUUGGUUUGUAAACUAAUCUCUGACUCUCUGGGGAUGUUGGAACUGAUUUUUACCUACUUUUCUUGUUUUGUUCUGACUCUGAUUGGCUGACCUGUCAGUUUUAACACUGACGUUAUCAACCUUUAAUUUAUUUAUAGAUCCACCAAACACAAGGUCCUGACAUUUUUAGAUGUAAAGCAUGAAAAUUAGAAAAUGAGUGAAGACCUGAUGCAGUUGGUUUGAAAAUGAAGCUAAUGUAGCAACAUGCUAAUAUAACUACAUUGUUGAUUUAUUUUUUAUUCAAUUGAUAAAGUUGGUUUUAAACAUCACGCUGCUUACUGCUAACAUAAAUGCACAGGCUUUUUUAAAAUGACACUAAUGUAGCAUGCUGCUAACAUUGGCUGUUUACCCGGGUAGUUGCCAUGGAGAUGAUGUAAGCAUAGCUUUCAGCUAAUAUAAUGACUAGCCAGUAGAUAAAGCUAACUCUGCUAGUUGUAACCAUUAACUAGUAAUACGCACUUGGUUUGGGGCUGAAGCAGAUAAAAGUUGAUGCUAAGAUUAGCUAGCAUUUAUAGCAUUUUAUUUAAGUUAAUUUAAUUAACUGCUGAUAUUAGCAUGAGUCUAGAUUGGUGCACAGGCUAAGCUAAGGUAGCUAGCUGUAAGCAAGAGUUCACAUAAUUCCAGUUGGAGCUGAAGCUAAUGUAGCUUAGUGCUAUUUUAGCCAACACUUAUAUAGUUGUUUUGAGGUAGAUUAAUGCAACCUACUGCUAUUAUUGGCAAACAUUAUGAUGCUAGUUUGUAUGUAGAUUAAACCAACUCGGAUAGUUUCACACAUUAUUAAAGGCUACUGUGGCCUUAAAGCCAAUAUAAAAAAAAGAUAAGAUUACACCAACAAUACAAAAGGAUAUUGAAUGUUUAUAGAUAUGAAAUCACUCACGGCUAAUAUUAGCAAACAUUAUGAACUAAAUUGGUUUUACAGUAAAACUUAAAUCUCAUGUCUAGUUGCUUAAUAAUUAGCUAAAAUAUCUGGCGAUUUAGAGAUUUAAUGACAGGUAGCUGUAAUGUUACGCAUGCUAACAUUAAUCUACUAAUGUAGAUCUAGCUAAUGUAAUGCCAUUUGGUUCUGAAAUUCCGCUGCAAGUUGCUAUCGAUAAUGCUGAUUUUAGCCAACCUUAUGAACCCAAUAAGUUUGGGGAGUAGGCUAAUGUAGCUAACUAUGAUGAUAAACAUUAGCUAACACUACAUUAAUAUGUUUUGAGUUGAAGCUGACAAGGGUAACAGCAUGUAGCUGUUAUCAUGUGAUUCUUCAGGUCUUCGUGUCUCCAUCAGAUCCAGACAUCAAAACUGACAGUUAAUUUAAAUUUGCAUCUUUUUUAUCCUUUCUGUUGUCUGAUUGGACGUCAGUCUGAGUGUCACCGAUGGACGUCACCUGGUGAAGACAAAGGUCUGCUGAACCCUGAACUCUGACUCGGAGGAUGUUUAUGGUCUUCAGUCUCACAGCCAACAGACGGACGUCAUCUCUUCUGUUUAGUUUUUAUUUGCACCCUGUUGUUAAAUUAAUAUUAUUCUGGUGUUUUUAUUCUUCCUGACAGUCUGAGCUGUCUCCUGAUGUGAUUGGAGGACAAUCAGGUCUCCUCCUCGGUUUUCUGUUGCAUUCUGGGACAUUUUGAUGAUGACACAAAUCCUGAUCUGACACUAAAACACUGUGUGAGCUGUUGUGCUGUCACACUUUCAGUUUUUAUCUUUAUCAAAUGUAUGUGUACAAAUAUAUUCUGUAAAUAUAUACAUAUAAAUAUAUAUGAGGCUGAAACGUGUGUUGCCAUGACGACACUCAGAUAGACGCAAUCCAUAAUCUGAGGUUAAAGGAUGAGUUUCUAGUUUGAGAAUGUAAAAAUACACAUUGCAGUGGGCGGAGCUCCAAGUCAGUGUGUUUAAAGGAACAGUUCACCCAAAACAUAAAACGCAUCAUUGCUCAUGUAAGUGCAGCGCGGUUUGACUGACAGCUCCCUCCAUCACAUGUUGCGUUCACUGAACACAUGUUGCGUUCACUGAACACAUGUUGCGUUCAGCGAUGGUUCUCAUGCUCACAAAUCUCUGAAUGCUGGUUUAAGAAACACAAUCAUGUUCCUCUACGUUCUGUCCCCACAUCAGGUUGUUGGGAGACGAUUUCUGCCGACAAACAUUUUCUUUGUUCUGAGGUCAGUAAUCUGAUCAGUUACAGUGAGCCGGCACAAUGCAGCCCAUAAUAUCCUGUUGUGUGGAGGUUAACGCUGAGCUGCAACUGAACUCCACUGACAGGAGAGAAUUGUAACUUAAAUUUAACAACAACAUGUUUUAAUGAGUGCUUGUGUUGCAUUCAGGUGCUGUGGGACAUGAGGAAGCUUCAAACCUUCAGUUCGUUCCUGUUUCACCUGAACGCAGCAUCACAACUCCAGUAUUUAAAAAAUUCUUCCUCGAAAUUUGACUCCCAGGCUGACGAGCUCCACCAAUCAGAGCCUGAACAAUGGCCCCGCCCUCUGCAGGUGUAUCAGAUCAUCAGUGGGUUCAGAUCUUGUGAGGUCCUCACAGGUGCAAUGAUGGACAGUAGUGCUGUCCAAUCGUGUGCCAUGAGUGGACAGGCGCUCUGCAGGUGUUGCACAGCUGGUUUCAUGUUUGUACAGAUGUUUGUUUUUCUUCUUCAUGUGUUUCUCCUGCUGCGGUGACGGGUCAUGUGACGUGCCAGGUCAUGUGAAGGUUCCAUGUGCGUGUGUCACAUGGUUUUAAAGGACAUUCCACCGUUUCUUCAUGGAGGACGAACAGACUCUCACAAUUUUUAAGUUUUACAUUUUUUCACUUUGUUUUAUUGUUUUUGCUGAAAACUGUAUAAAAGAUUUGAAGACAGCUGUAAGAAAAGUUGAGUUAAGUUUAAGUGCAUUAAAUAAAUAUUUUAAUUUGACUCUU